AUGUCCACCGUCCUGGCCCUCCCUCGCAUCCCCAUCCUCCUUCUCCUUGUCCUCCUCCUCCUCUCUACAUGCAAUGCUGCAAGCAAAUGCUACCUCGCUACCCAGGAUAUCACCCCAGCGAGCUGCGCGAAGAUGACGGUGACCUUUGGGAGCUGCGAAUCACAGGCAACCGCCGACACUACUGUCAAGGCAUUAUCUUCGGCAACCAUCGCAGCAAACACUACUGCCUGCUUGGCCAUGAUAGACUCGAGCUGUGGAUUCCUGACAAGGAAAGCCACGACUUGCGACCCUUAUUGCACUCUGUCAAUUGCCAACAACAUCGCAGUAGGCUGCAGGACUGACGCGCAGUGCACGUCAACUACCUCAACAUUCAAGGCCCCUCUGUGCUGCAGCUACAGGAAGAAAUUGUAUGGCGAGAUGUGCGUGGACGCCAACGGCAUGCUAGACACAAUGAUCGCUAAUUCGAAGACAAGCGGUGAAUGCAGCGAUGCGGCAGGCUGCAUCGACUCUCUCAGCGUGGCGAGCACCACGAGCACCACCAGCCCGACUAAGAGCGCAAGCCCUUCAGCAUACAGCUUCGCAUCCCUGCCCCUGGUUCUCUUGGUUGCAGCUGUGGGUGUGGUGAAGAGCAGCACUGGCAUGUAG